AUGAUUCUGGGUUCAACGGUUGCCUGGGACACCUAUUUUGCUGGACAGUCUUCCAGCGCGGUAGUGUACGAUCUUACACACACCAGCAACAUCCUCUUUUUCAGCAGGCAACUCAAGGCAGGGCUGCCUGGCGCCUUCGAUAUGCACAGCCUCAGGCAGGGAGACGAGAGUCAGGAGCGAGACGAGAGUCAGGAGCGAGACGAGAGUCAGGAGCGAGACGAGAGUCUGGAGCGUGAGGCUCCUACCCGUGGCCAGGAGACGAGAGGCUGGAGCGUGAGGCUCCUACCCGUGGCCAGGAGACGAGAGUCUGGAGCACCCAAAGCCUCCCUUCUCAGGACUCCUGUGACAUCAAGAUCAACAGAAGUAAACAGAGGAAAGCUGCGGAGUCUGCCACGCCGCCCACGCCCACCCAGUGCCCCCACGCCCACACAGUGCCCCCACGCCUCCACGCCCACACAGUGCCUCCACGCCCACACAGUGCCCCCACGCCCACCCAGUGCCCCCACGCCUCCACGCCCACCCAGUGCCCCCACGCCCACACAGUGCCCCCACGCCUCCACGCCCACACAGUGCCUCCACGCCCACCGAGUGCCUCCACGCCCACCCGGUGCCCCCACGCCUCCACGCCCAUCCAUGGAGGCUGCAGGGCCGGGCACCAGCCUGAGGGGCCAGGACCAGCAGGAGCAGCCUGCCACUGCUGGAAGGAGCAGAGAUGAGAUCAGACUCAACCCUCCAGUGAGCCCAGGAGACCACCAAGGGGACACCCACGCACCUCAUCACCUGGGGGGAGGAUGCUUGGAGGCUGUGGACUCUUGCAGGGAGGGAGACAGAGACAAGACCACUGAGCUGAGGAGACCAGUCAGUCCAAGAUGCUGCCUGGAUGCUGGGGAGACGAGAUCAGCUGAGACGAGACCUGUUGGGGAGAAGAUGGAGGGAGAUCAAUUGAGCCAAGGAAGGACAGAAAGAGAAAGAGAUGGAACUAACUAACUCUCUCUCGCUCUGUAUAAAAGAGAAGACUAAUAAAGUUUGGAAAUAUA